AUGGAUUGGAAGAAUAAAUCGUUGUUGCAACACAUUGAAUUGACUAAUGUUGCUUCAUUUAAAAAUGAUGAAUCUACAGCAGUUGAAUCCAUCAAUAAAAAUCAACCUACAGUGUUGAAACCUGUUUGUUUAUCUAACAAGACCUUUCAUAGUAGUGCUAGAACAGAAACUGUUGAUUUACAUCUUAAUACAACAAGACAAUAUCUUCAUCUUGUUAAAAAUCAACAGUUCACUAAAAUGUAUGCAAGUCAACUCUUGUCGGAAAGUCUUGGUAAAGAACAUGCUAUUUUGCCAAAACUUCCUCAUAGUGUUCGUAAAAUAGUUCCUGUCACUUAUGAUGAGACACCAUUUUACGCCAAUGAUGGUAUGUACAAGGUUUGGGGUUCAAAGAAUGAAAGCAUGCUUCGUAACAAGUCACAAGGACUUAGUAUGCAUGUCAGCGAUUUCAUCUGUCAGUCAAUUGGAUGUCUCAAACUUUCAGAAUAUGAUCGUCAUAUAAACGAUCUACUUCCUGAUGAUUCCAUCUUAAACUUAAACAUACCAAAACCUGUGUUAUUAUCUAUUCAGGUUCAAAUCGGGAUGGUUGAUGGACAUGUAAUGACCUUAUUAAUCAAAUAA